AUGAGCGAUCUUCACAAGGCUUUUGCCAAAUCAAAGCUGGCCAAGUUGCCGCCCGAGGCCCCUCCUAUAUUCGAGUCUUCGUCAAUGAACCCCCACGACGAAAGCAGUCACGAUGAGGACUCCUCUUCAGUCUCAUCGGCAGGGACUGUGGUUCCCUCGCCAAGCAGGCAGCUGUUCGCCAGAGCCAGCCAAGGAUCGUCUGAAUCCUCCUCACUGAGCUGGUCAGACUUCUUUGCCCAAGAGCUCUUUCUGACCCAAGAAACCGGCAAUCUCCGCAUCGUCCACCAUGUCUAUCUCACGCUACCUGCCGAUUCAGGUCCACUCUUUGUCAUGCACCAUGGAGCCGGUUCAUCGGGUCUCUCAUUUGCGACCUGCGCGGGUGAAAUCCGCAAGAUCCUCCCUAAAGCUGGGAUCCUGUCAUUAGACGCGCGCGACCACGGCCGGACGUCGGCGGAAAGGGAGGAUGGAGGGGUGGUGGAACUGGAUCUUAGCCUCGAGACUCUCAACCGAGAUUUGGUCUACGUGGUCCGCAAGACCCAGACGGAAAUGGGCUGGAAGGAUCUUCCGGACCUUGUUCUUGUUGGGCAUAGCCUCGGGGGGGCUGUCAUUACUGAUGUUGCGAAGAAGGGCGAGCUAGGUUCCAGACUACUGGCUUAUGCGGUGCUGGAUGUUGUCGAAGGCUCAGCCAUGGAUGCCCUCCAGAGCAUGGAGAAAUAUCUCUCCACUCGCCCUUCCAGAUUCCCCUCGUUGACAUCAGGGAUUGAGUGGCACACACGUUCCCGGACAAUCAGGAACAGAACCUCAGCUAGAGUCUCCGUCCCAUCCCUACUCUACAGAGAAGAAACCCCCUCAGACCCCUCCAAACCCUGGGUCUGGCGGACCAACCUCUCAGCCACGAAGCCCUUCUGGGAAGACUGGUUCAUCGGCCUCAGUCGGAAAUUUCUUGAGGCGCGCGGCGGUAAACUUCUCCUGUUAGCCGGGACAGAUCGGCUGGAUAAGGAGUUGAUGAUCGGGCAGAUGCAAGGGAAAUAUCAACUCCAGGUCCUCCCCGAAGCGGGCCACUUCGUCCAGGAGGAUCUGCCGGCAAAGACGGCCCAGAUCUUGGUGGACUUCUACAAACGGAAUGAUCGGAGCGCGCUCGUGCUUCCGCCAAAAGUGGCUGAUAUGCAGGCUUCCGCUGCCAUGCAGAAGGGCGCAGGCGCUUCAUUUACUGGUUCGCAGUGUGGUGGCAGCACGCGACAUCCGCAGAAGCCGUAG